AUGUCUGAAUACUCAAACUGUUCUACCGAAGACUCUUCUAACAAGGUCCCAGUUUAUCUGCGACUCAAGCCAAAGGGCGCUGGUGUCACCUCCGAGCGGAUUCUUUCUGUAUCCCCUCCAGGUUCAACUCGAAUUGUCUUGGAAAACAACAAAGAGUGCACCUUUGACGGGAUUUUUGGUGAGACUACAACUCAGAUUGAUUUUUACAAAAGCGUGGUUUUCCCUUUAGUUGAAAACACAAUUAAUGGUAGCGACUCACUAUUUUUUACAAUGGGAGCUACUGGCUCUGGAAAGAGUCACACAGUUUUUGGAGCAAACCAAACACCUGGUAUGCUGCAUUUGUGUGUGGAUACUAUAUUUCGUUCAUUGAAAAAUAAUCUGGCGGAGUUUGAAGAAGUUGAGGACAUAUGCGAUAAGAGAACAGAUAGAAUAUCGUCACCCAUUGAAGCUGGGUUGGUUCUUGACUGGCGAAACGACAAGCUAGACCAAAACGCAUACCAUCAGAGCUCUCUGUGCCACGAGACAAUCACUCCACAGACAUCUAAUCUUCAGUAUGGCAUUUACAUCACCAUGGUAGAAAUUUACAAUGACAGAAUCUUUGACCUUCUUGAGACUCCAUUACCAGGGAAGCCACGAUCCGAAAUUCGCCUCAUUAAUGACGCAGUUACUCGCAGAGUCACACUAUCUCGAUCAACAAAGCUUUUUGUUUCCACGGUUCAAGAAGCAUUUAGAGUCCUUGAGCGUGGAUUGAAGAAGCGAGUGUCGCACUCUACAGGGUCCAAUGAAACAUCUAGUCGCUCUCAUGCCAUCAUAAACCUUGAAAUCAAGGCCACAAUGCCCAAUUCCAACCAAGUCCGGUCGUCCACAAUAACGUUUGCCGACUUGGCAGGAACCGAGCGCAACAAACUUGCAGGGACUCAGGGAAUUCGUUUCCAAGAAAGCUGCGCUAUUAACCAGUCUUUGAUGCUGUUGAGUCAAGGAUUACAGCUGCAGCGUGGUGACGAGCGUAAGGGCAAGCCGGAUUAUUCCAUUUUCCGUAACUGCAAACUGACACAUUUACUUUUGACAAACACAUUUCGGCCGGACUCGAAUCAGCGGUCGGCACUGCUUGUGGCUAUGGAUCCGUUUGGUGACUUGAACUCCGCAGCCCAAAUUUUGCGGUACGCGGCUCCUGUGCGAGAUAUUCCUGAAACGGCUAACAAAUCCACCCCAAACAACUUUGUUUUUAAACCUGCACCUGAAAAUGAUCAUAACAACCAGUCGCCACGAGCAAAAGCCUCAAGACGAACAGACAGUAGUAAGCUUAACCAUGCAUUGUCUUCAUUGACAUUGAAGGAUAACACUCCUUCUCCAAACACACCCUCAUUCAAAUCUACACCAAGUCACAUCAUGUUCCCUCCCAUAAAAUCUCAUAAACAAACACCUUCUAUUGGGUUUUCUCCAAUUAAUGCUAGAGCCAACAACCACGAGAUGCAUGAUGACAUGGAUCAGAGCACCCCAGUUCCACAAUAUGAAACACAACGAAGUAGGGAUUCUCUUUCUUCUUCAAAUAGUUCAGACCAAUCCACAGACACUCUAGCUGACGGGGACCGGAACCAGGUGGACAUAAUGUCGCUCAUCCCGGAUACAGAAACAGCGUGCUACAAUAUCCAAUUGAUGUUGCAAAGGAUUCAAGACCUGGAAGUAGCUCUUGCAUGUUCAGAACAGCGGACAAUGGAAAUUGACAUGGAGGUGCGCAAUGAGCUAGGUGAUUUACUGGACCGGUCACUGACGCAACAAAAACAAAUCUUUAUGCGCGAGCUAGAGGAGACUGAGACGCGAGCACGAGACCAUACUGAUUACCGAUUACAGCUGCUUGCUCAGACUCUGCGGACAAGUGAGGUGGAGCCGCUGCAAAAAAUUAUUACUCAAGCGGAAGCGGAGAUGCGUGGACUGAAACGGGAAAAUAGAGAGCUGAGACAGGAAAAUGAAAAACUCAAAGAAAUUGUGCGAAGAGGAAACUCGUCCAGUUAUGGCCACACGGCUACCUUUCGACCAAUAUCCUCUGGAACCAACUCCUCUACUGGGCUUCGCACACCGAGAAACGGGUCACCGGUUAAACGAGGGUUUAUGUCGCCGGGAUCUCCAAUUGUCAUUGACGGUUAA